UCCUGCAGGGAAACAGCUUAAAUCCACUUCUCACCAGCCGUCCAGUAAAAGGUGGGACAUCAGCCUCAAGAGUUUCUGUCUGGAGUCACUCACCUCAACCUAAAUGGAAGGGACAAGGUUGUCCAGAAUGAUAGCGUUCUUCAUUGCACUUGUUUACUUUACCUUCAUUGCCUCCUUCUUAGUAAACUUAGUCAAAUGGAAAACACCCAGAACGAGCAUGCCUGCCCCGAAGCCACAUGGAAGUUCUUGCCCAAUCCUGAUCUCUGAUCAGACCAUCACUCCACUGAAUAACACCAAGCACUUACUGGUGUCGGCUUACAUGGACCAGAGAAAGAAAGAGUUCGACAUACGCAUCAUUGGCAUAUUUAAACGAGACUCCAUCCAACCUCUUCACUGCCUUUUCUGCUGUGUUAGCAGUUUGAGUGAAACUACUCCAGCCACGGUUUUACCCCACUCGGACCACUUUGGUUUCCCCUUCGGUGCUACGGAUGUCGUGUGUCGGAUUCCUCCGAAGUGCGACGACGCGACACAUGUCACUCUUGUGACUGAAGCCAAAGUGGAGGAGCGAUUCAACCAUAUUUGGCUUCCAAUAAGAAACAAAAAGGAAGAGAGAAGGUUCAACUUCACUGUCUGCAUCUCCAGCCUGUUUGGAAACUACAGCAAUGUCCUUCAGUAUGCACAAACUCUGGAGAUGUACAGGUUACUUGGUGUGGACAGGGUGGUGAUCUACAACACCAGCUGCAGCGCGGACCUUGACCGCCUUUUGCAGAGUUACAGCAAAGAAGGUUUUGUGGAAAUAGUUCCUUGGCCCAUCGACAAGCACCUGAAGCCAUCUCGUGGCUGGAAGUUCCCCGAACAUGGAGGGGACCUGCAUUACUUUGGCCAGCUCGUAAAGCUUAACGAAUGCAUCUACAGAUCCAUGGAGCGCUCACGCUAUGUCCUGUUGAACGACAUAGACGAGAUCAUAACGCCAUACCAGCACGAUAACUUGAUAUCUCUGAUGAGGAACCUGGAAAAAUCACAUAAAAAUGUUGGAGUGUUCCUCAUUGAGAACCACAUCUUUCCCACAGAGCACAUUGAGCCAAGUCACAGGUUUCACCUUCGUCAGUGGGCUAGAAUUCCCACUGUUAAUAUCCUGGAGCACAUCCACAGGGAAGACCCUGACAGACAUGUGUACCAUCCAUACAAGAUGAUAGUUCAGCCAAGGUCGGUGGUACAGACUUCAGUGCAUGAGGUGCUUCAGAUAUUUGGAGAACAGUACCAUGUUCCUUCAGAAGUCUGUCGGAUCAUUCACGUCCGCGGGGCCCUGCGCAAAUCACUGACGUUGGAGCAGCUUCAUGAGGACAGACGACUUUGGGAUUUCCAGGAAAAACUCAUUCCCAAUGUUGACAUGGUGCUGAAGAGAGCAGGGCUGCUGGCACCAGAGGACAACAGGACAACAGACAACAGAGGGACGGAUCAGAGCAACAAAAGAGGAGGCUAGGAAAGUAGAAGCUGAGAGGGAAUGUGCACCUUCUGAGCCCCUGCUAACAUGAGCUGAGAGCUCUGUUUAGGAGGAAGGGCGUGUUUGUCGCUGACGUUAAUUUGUUGAUGUAACAGCAAAACAUUCAGGGAUUUAAUGUUCUGUGUGUGUUGUUUAUGUGCAGAGAGGUUUUCAUUAUAUCCAACAUUUAAUUUAUGAUCAUAAAUGUGUGUUUUACAGGUUAUCCAGCUCAGAUUUCAUUUUCAAGUUCUGCAGUUUUACAUUAACCCUGUAAUGUCGGAUUUAUCACCUUUGAUGCCUGAAUUUCUGAGAAUGAUCUACCAAGUUUUAUACAAUCAAAACAAAAUUGAACAUAUCAUAAGAUGGCUAAAAAAAACCUCCAGCAGAACCAGACCCAACUGCCAUCAGACAAAUCCAGGAACAGCCUGAUUAAUGAUAAUGACUUGAAAUAGUCCAGCUGUGAGGAAACAAACAUGUACAAGUUUUUCUGCGUUUCUGAGACAUGCAGAACGUUCCUAAUUUCAGCGAUUUUAUGAAGGUAAAUGUAUAACAGUAGAAAUUUAUAUGAAAAAUAAAAAGAAUGUAAUUAUAACCUGCAUCUAUAGAACAGCAGGAUAUAAUCUAGAAACCUUUACGGGGUGGUUUGAGGAGACAUACUGUAUGCAGCUUCUUCAACUCAGAAGGUCUUGACGCAUUUGUCAUAAUAAAUCAUGACAUAUGAAUUAAAAAAAACUGGGGCAUUAUGGUACCGGGGGAGAUGUUUUACACUGGAUGAAAAGUUAUUUAAGCAACAGGCAACAAUUUGUGAAAAUAGGUGACUUUCAAUCAUCAUGCUUGGAUGUUGUAUGUGGUGUCCCCCAGAGGUCAUAAACUCUUUUUUCUAUACAUAAAUGAUGUGUAAAUGUUCAAAAAUGUUUCUGUUUGCUGAUGAUUCAAAUAUUUCCUGUUCAGGGGAGAAUUUACAGCAGCUUAUGGAGGAAAUCCCCUCAGAACUGAACA